GAUUUAUCUCUUUGUUGCCUCCUCCUCUCCCUCGUCAAGACCACACCACAGCAAGCAUAGCUGUAGCAGAUGCUUCCACCCGCAUGCGAAGAAACACAUAGAAAUGGCUCUUUCUCAGCUACCAAAAUUCACUCACUGCCCGCCUUCUCUUUACAACACCCAUAUCAACCUCCCUCUCCUCACCAAGCUCAAACUACCUACCCUUACAAGACUCAAAUCCACACUAACCACAACAGAACCUAUACCCAUCACCGAAGCCCACAAUUUCUUGACACCCCGAGAAGAAACCCAAACCCAAUUUUCAAUUGACAAACUAUUUAUCCCACCAGACACUGAGGUUUCAAUCAACGAGAAUAGUGGUCUAAGUGCUAGGAUUUUGAAAGGGUCUAAUAUUGUGUUGAGCAAGUAUGCAAGGGAUGCACGGGUUGUUCAAGCUGAGUUUAUUAAAAGUAGUGUCAAAACUGAAGAUUGUCCUUCUGAUGGCUUGCCCGAGUUUGCUCUUGUUGGAAGGUCUAAUGUUGGAAAAUCUUCUCUUCUUAAUUCUCUUGUUAGAAGAAAGAAACUUGCACUUACCUCCAAAAAACCUGGGAAAACGCAGUGCAUCAAUCAUUUUAAGGUCAAUGAUAGCUGGUACUUGGUGGACUUGCCUGGAUAUGGGUAUGCAUCUGCACCUCAGGAACUUCGGACAGAUUGGAAUAAGUUUACUAAAGAUUAUUUUCUCAGUCGCUCAACCUUGGUCUCAGUUUUCCUUCUUAUUGAUGCUAGUAUUCCUGCAAAGAAGAUUGAUCUUGAAUAUGCCAGCUGGCUGGGUCAGAAUCAGGUUCCCAUGACAUUAAUUUUCACCAAAUGCGACAAGCGGAAGAAGAAAAGGAAUGGUGGGAAAAGGCCAGAAGAAAAUGUGAAUGAAUUUCAGGAGCUCAUACGUGGCUUCUUUGAGACAGCACCUCCUUGGAUUAUGACCAGCGGUGUUACCAAUCAAGGUCGUGAUGAGAUGCUGCUGCACAUGGCUCAAUUGCGGAACUACUGGCUCAAACACUGAGAUAAAAAAAUGUGGAAUCAAAUAUGUUCGUUCCCACAUUCCCUGAUUGCCGUCGUGCUCUAGCAAGUCCCAGAGUGCUAACUAAUGCAAAAGAAGUGUAAACGAAAAACACAUUGGAGGGUAGAGCUGGACAGGUUGAGCGGUUCACCAUGCAGUAUGGAUUUGCUCCGGUGAUGAGAAGGCAGUGCUGGAGUGGCUGUAAGUUUCGCUGGCUACAAAAAUGGAGCGAUGACUUGAUUUCAGUGAUUAUAAAGUUUGAGUUUCACUCUCGCACUGGUUUAACCAAUUAACUCCAGGAUUUUUCUGUUAAAGUUGAUUAAGUAGUAAAUUCCGGGGAUUAAAUGUUUUGAAAAGCAUGAGUACAUGUAAUUUACCUUAAGCUUAUUUUGGCUUGUAGAAUAAGCUGCGUAAACGUGAUGUGUCUCUA